AUGGGCACGGCGGGAGACGCCGAGUGGCUGCGCUGGGUGACGAAGCAGUUCGGGAACAUCGCCGGGAAGGACAAGGAAAUCAGCCUGGAAGAGUUCAAAAGGGCCCUGCAAGUGAAGGAGUCCUUCUUUGCCGAGAGGUUCUUCGCCCUGUUCGACGCCGACGGCAGCGGCACCAUCAGCCUGGAGGAGCUGCUGAGGGCCCUGAGGCUGCUCGUGCACGGGGACCAGCGGGACAAGCUCAGCUUCCUCUUCCAGGUCUACGACGUGGACGGCAGCGGCUCCAUCGAGGCGGAGGAGCUGCAGUUGGUGCUGCGCUGGUGCCUCCGGGAGAGCUCCGUGUCCCUGCCCGAGGAGCGCCUGGGGGACCUCACCAGGGCCCUCCUGGAGGCGGCUGACAGGGACCACAGCGGCUCCAUCACCUUCCCGGAGCUCCAGGAGCAGCUGGAGGCCUUCCCAGAGCUCAUGGAGAACCUGACCAUCAGGUUUGGGGUUUCUGGGCUUUUCUCCCCGGCUGGGAUAAGAGGGAAGGUUUUCUACUGGACCCACCUCUCCUACAUCUCCGUCUGGACCCUCCUCAUCCUCCAUGGCCCCCACUUCUGGAAGUGGUUCUUGGUUCCUGGCUCCCUGUUUGUGCUGGAGAAGGUUCUGGGCUGGGCCUGGCGCCGGGCGGGGGGGCUGCACAUCGUGGAGGUCAACCUGCUCCCCUCCAAGGUGACUCACCUGGUGAUCCAGAGACCUCCGUCCUUCCACUUCAAACCCGGGGACUACGUGUACCUGAACGUCCCGGCCAUCGCCUCCUACGAGUGGCACCCCUUCUCCAUCAGCAGCGCCCCUGAGCAGCCAGAGACCCUCUGGCUGCACAUCAGGUCUCUGGGCCAGUGGACCAACAGGCUGUAUGAGUACUUCCAGCAGCUGGAAUCGCCCAGCCUGGAGCCGAAUCCGGCCGGGAGGAGCCGGAGCUGGGCACAGGAAGGCUCGGUGGCCUCUGGCAGGGAUGGAUCUGUCCAGCUGACAGCAUUCAGAGCCACUGCCCCAGGACAGGACCCGGAGAGGGGGGGCUCCACCAGCCCAGGGGAGACCCGGCGGCUCUGCAGCGUCAAGUGCUUCCUGGACGGUCCCUACGGGACCCCCACACGGCGGAUCUUCCUGUCGGAACACGCCGUGCUCAUCGGGGCCGGGAUCGGGAUCACCCCCUUCGCCUCCAUCCUGCAGAGCAUCAUGUACAGGUACCGCCGGCGGAGGCAGAGCUGCCCCAGGUGCCACCAUUCCUGGUGUGAGGAGCUGCGGGACCAGGACAUGACCCUCAGGAAGGUGGAUUUCAUCUGGAUAAACCGGGAUCAGAAGCACUUCGAGUGGUUCCUCAGCCUCCUGAGCAAGCUGGAAAGGGAGCAGGCGGAGCUGGAGCCGGGAGGGCGGUUCCUGGAGCUCCACCUGUACAUGACCUCGGCCCUGGCGAGGAGCGACGUGAAGGCCCUGGGGCUGCAGGUGGCGCUGGAUCUGCUGGCGGCCAAGGAAAAGCGGGAUUCCAUCACCGGGCUGCGCACGCGGACACAGCCCGGCCGGCCCGACUGGGGCAAGGUGUUUGGGAAGGUGGCCCAGGAGCAGGUUGGGAAGGUCCAGGUGUUCUUCUGUGGCUCCCCAGCCCUGGCCAAGGUCAUCCGGGGGCACUGCGAGCGCUUCGGCUUCCGCUUCUCCAGGGAAAACUUCUGA